GCCUCAUCUUUCUACCGAACCUGAACUUACCAACGCUCUCAGAAAUACAAACAGCGAAACUAGGGAAGCUAGAGCCACGAUGGACACCAAAGACAUUUCCGAUUCUGAAGAACAUAUGGCCUUCAUCAGACAGAGCAAAGAAAAUGCAGAGCGAGCACAGCGUCGCAAGGGCGAAAAGCCUCGAGAUCAUCCCCCACCCAGCUUUCUUGUUCUACAAUUCAUAAUGAAGCUUAAUCAAUCUGCUAGUAUGGGUGACAAGGCGAACCACAAGCUCUACACGUCGCAAGUACCACCAUAUUAUCCCCCCUGUAUCCGUUCCGUCCAGGAUCUCAAGCCUCUGAUGAUAUCAGAAAUGAUGCUUGAGAACCACCAUCGGGGGAGCUAUGCUUUGGUCCGCGUCUUGACGCCACCCGAUCGAAUGACUGCCGUCAUGGCUAUCGUUGAAGACGAGGAGGGUACCGCGAUCUUGCUUCAGCUCUACAAUCAGCCCGAAGAAUCUAAGGUUGCCAAAGAGCAUAUUCUGAAGGCUCAAGAUAUAUGCAUCAUUAAGGAGCCUUUCUUCAAGGUUACCAACAGUGGCUCAUAUAGUUUGCGGGUCGAUCAUGUCAGCGACAUUAUCUGGCCCGAGGAUACCGACAAUCGUGUUCCUCUAGAGUGGAGAAAACGAUUUAUAAGUCUCGAUGAGAGCUCUGAGGAUAUACGUAGGGAGGGAAAUGAGGCAGUUCAGAAGAAGGACUGGGCCAAGGCGGAGCGCCUGUACACGGAUGCAAUACGCGCUGCUAAUACUGCUAAGGAGGAGCAGCUGGCUCACCUUAACCGUUCUCUCACCAACCUUUACCUCGACCGGCCAGAGAAAGCGUUCAGCGACGCACAAAAGGGCAAUAUGGGCGAUGAUUCUCCAAUGGAAAAAGCCUUAUUCCGAGAGGCCAAGGCUCUCUACGCACUAGGGAAGUUUCGCUCUUGCUUGGAGAGACUUAUGCUCCUCGUGCGUUCCAACCCCAAGAACUCAGGCGCAUUGGCCGAGAUUAAGCGAGUUAAGCAACGUCUCCGUGAGGAGGAAAAAGGAUCGUAUCAAUUCGGCAGCAUGUACAAACAGGCUGAAGAUACUCCGCCCUUGAUUGAUUGCGCAACAUACGUUGGGUCAGUGGCUGUCCGUGAUUCACCCGGUCGGGGCAAGGGUCUGUUCACCACGAAGGCAGUCAAGGCAGGGGAGCUUUUGUUAUGCGAGAAAGCUUUUGCGUACAGCUAUGCUGGUGAUGAUAACAAUACUGGCAAAUCGAACACGACGAUUUUGAUGAAUUGGCAUACCAACAUCAUGUCCAUGGGCGGUCAAGCAAACCUCAUCACCCAGAUUGUUCAGAAACUAUACCAUAACUAUGAUGGGGCGAAGGUAUUCACUGAGUUGCAUCAUGGUGACUAUACCCGUGUUGCGAUAUCUAAAGUUGACGGCGUUCCCGUGGUUGAUACAUUCCUCGUUGUGAAAAUUAUUCAGUUAAACUCUUUCGGGGCCCCACGCACCAGUUACAAGUCAACCAUGUUGACUAUGAUCAAUCAAAAUGGAGAGAGAAAGGACAAGCCUGCUGAGCAUACUACGUGUGGCAUCUGGCCCAUCGCAUCACGCAUCAACCAUUCCUGUAUCACUAACUGUUAUCGCACCUUCAUCGGCGACAUGCAAAUCGUGCGGGCCAGCCAGGACUUAGAGGCGGGCACGGAGUUGCACUUCAUGUACCGUAGCCCCGGGUUAAACGAGACCUACGAAGAAACCCAGAAGAAGCUCAAAGGAAACUGGGGAUUUGUCUGUAACUGCGCGCUGUGCCUUUACAAGAAGUCCACGCCUCAAAGUAUCACUAAGAAACGCAAGGCUUUAUUCCUCUCCCUCAAACCCUUGUUGAAGUGGGAUUUUACGCCGGCACAACUCAGCCGAGCGAGAAAGAUACUAGAAGACUUGGAGAAGACGUACACAGCCAAGCAGGAUGCGCCGCCGGUGGUGCGCCCCGAGUUGUCGGGGCCUUACUUUGGGGCAGGCGCAGAUCUGAUCUCAAGAGGUAAAUUUACAGAUGGUCUAGAGAUGAUUCUCAAAGGGCUAGAGACGCUCGGAUACGUCGUUGUGGCCCGCCCACCGAGGGACAUGGGGGCCGGGAAAAAGGCAGUGAUGGAGAUAAAGCGCUGGGGAGAAGCCAACAAAAAUACCGUCUGGGCACUCUUGAGUAUGAUGCAGGCUUACGAAUUUCUUGCCCCUGAGCUCUGCAAUAUAGUCAAGGGGUAUGCCCAUGUCAUCUAUAGCAUAUGCUGUGGCGAGAGUGAGACCAUUGGUAAAAUCUUUCCGGGUCUUGCGUAGGUACAAGGUCGCCAUAGCAGGGAGCACAAGGGAGAAUAUACCUUAAUGGCUAUUUAAGAAUUCGGAAGGGAAGUGAGCUCACGAUCUAACGUAGAGCCUCAUGGCUAAGGAUUAUCUCAUAGCUAACUUAAAACAGUUCACAUCCCACCAUAUACGCUUCUUUAUGAACCUAUGUGAUUCAACCAUUCCCCCUUUUUUCGCAC